AUGCCGAAGCAGCCCUCCAAGGCCGGCAAGAGGCUGAAGCGUGACGACGACAAUGACUCCGACGACAGCGACGACGACCUCCAGCCCAUUCACUUUUUUGUCCCCGGCGAAAACAUCAACGCCGCAGUCCUGGUCGAUUAUAUCACUCGAUGGGUUGAUCGUACCGCAAAGAUAACAUCGUCUCAACAUCCCACAGUGAGACCAGCCUCGUCAAGUCUUGGUUUGUCUCCCACUGAUUGA